AUGGCGGAGGAGGGUUGUGCCCGCCGGCUGUGCCACCUGCUCAUGUCGCCUGUUCUGCGGGUGGCUUUGCCGCUGUCUCUCCUUGGUCUGGUGAUCUACGUGCUCUGCUGCCAGCACCCGCCGCAGCAGCACCUGCUCCAGCCAUCUGAGUGGGAUGUAGCUGAGCUCCAGCUGAAUCACACAAGACUGCGGCAGGACCCCCGGCUGCACUGGCAGGGGGAUCCAGCCCUGGGCCGCUCCUUCCUGCAUGGGCCACAGCUGGACAACGGGCAGCUGCGUGUCCAGCGUGAUGGCAUCUACAGACUGCACAUCCAGGUGACACUAACCAACUGCUCCUCCUCCGUGAAGAACACUGUGCCCCGUAGGGCCACCCUGGCAGUGGGCAUCUGCUCUCCAGCGGGGCGCAGCAUUAGCCUGCUUCGCCUCAACUUCCAUCUCAGCUGCACUGUCUCCUCCCAGCGCCUGACCUACCUGGCCCACGGGGACACUCUCUGCACCAACCUCACUCUGCCACUGCUGCCAUCCCAAAAUUUGGAUGAGACCUUUUUUGGGGUUCAGUGGGUGCACCCCUGA